CACGGUUACCGGAGAUAGUGUUUGUACUGCAGCAGAAGGAUCUUCCAAAGUUCAAGAGAAAGGGAGGCGAUAUCUUUUAGUAGCACACAUUAUCCCGUACUAAAGCUCUCUGUGGCUUCCAGUUCGUUUUAACCCAUUUAGAUAACAGGCAACUAAACUAUUCAUCAAGUCGAACACUGGUGAAGCUGUGAAGCCCCAUCAAUUCAAGGCAACAAAUGACGAGGGAAUGCCAAUGUACCGGAGACCCUUCAUGAGGGGGAAGCUCUACAUCCACAUUACGGUGGACUUCCCGGAUUCACUGACACCAGAUCAGUGCAAAACUCUCGAGGCUGUGCUUCCUCCAAAACCUGUAUCCCAGAUGACCGACAUGGAGCUGGAUGAGUGCGAGGAAACAACAUUACAUGAUGUUAACGUGGAGGAGGAGAUGAGUAGGAAGCAAGCUCAGGCUCAGGAGGCAUACGAGGAGGAUGAGAAUGAUGAUGAUGAUGAUGAUGAUGAUGAUGAUGUCCGUGGAGGUGCCCAGAGUGUGCAGUGCGCUCAGCGAUAAGCAGAACCAAUCGACCUCAGUUCGCAUUUAGUUUACUACUUAUGAGCUACUCUCACAACCAUCUUCACCAUGGUACUCUCAUAGAGCAAAGCUCUGUGACUUGAAACUGCAGGCCAUUCACGACCUUGUGCAUGCGCA